AUGGAAGGUUACCAAGGCGUCCAAGUUUCCACGGAUUGCUGGACCACCGACCUCGAAUUCGCCGAUGAUGUGAUAGUGUUUGGAGAGGACCUGACCGCCUUGCAAACAGCUCUCAACCGUAUCAAAAGAUUUGCCUCUGAGAUCGGCCUUGAUAUUAAUCCUAACAAAACCAAGAUGUUCGCUACUCCACCUGAUCAAGCGGAACAUCCUCUGCAACUGGAUGGUCGGACAAUAGAAGUCUUAUCGGACUUCAAGUACCUUGGGUCCACCAUCCUACCCAAUGGACAAGCCAAAGAUGAUGUAAAGCGGUGCAUCUACACUGCCCGAACGGCCUUUCUGCGGCUCCGAACCACGCCGCCGAUUGCAAUGGCUGGGCCAUGUUCUCCGCAGACCCGAUAUCAUGUUCUGGCUGGCGCCGUCGACAAGGGGGACAAGUCAAAUCCUAGCUGGAUACUGUAUUCGAAGAUGUCGACCAAUUUGGCCUUCGGAUGGUGUCCGGCACUCACCGAUGGAAAACAACCUGGAUCAACAUUUACAAGGAUCUUUCAGCCAACCGCCAAGCAUGGAUAG